AAUCUAUUUUCAAUUUGUGCUAUUUUAGAACGAUGUAUGAUUUGUUUCAAUGGUCUCAUGGACCAUGUUUAUGUGUGUCCAACUCAUAAAUAUUGCCCUCCUGCUAACAAGAACUUUACAUCGACACUGGUAAGUGAAAAGUAAAAACUUUACUAAACUAAAGUAACUUGGAUAUGUCUACACAGAUUGUCACAGAUCAUUUCUAAAUUGCCCCCCCCCCCCCCCCAAGGUUCCAUCAAUAUAACUAUUUCUUAUUGGCUAUUCCUCAAUGUUAGUACAAGAGGAAUGUGGAAUAGCAGGAGAUAAUUUAUGGUGUUUGGCUCCAACAAAUAUUGUGGAUCUUAAUUCUGGGACCCUUUUACGUUUGAACCUCGUUGGGUUCUACCCUGCUUGACUGACUGACUGACUCUUCUGUAGAAUGCACUUGACCAUGAACCUCAGAAAAAAACCGUACUAAACUUGUACUAAAGAAGAGGAAAUUAUCUGUAGCUGCAUGAACUAUCGGUUUGGAGCGUUUUUCUUUAGCUGCCAUACUCAUCAGCAGAAAGCACUUGACUGCCUCUUUAAUUUCCAGCAUUAGGAAAGUUGAAUUUUUUGGUGAUGUAUGUACCUAAUGAUUUGUGCAUUUCUUUUACAAAGGAUGCGUUGGUGAGAAUUGUUCGAUAUGAAGGCUUAACUGCUUUAUGGGGUGGCUUACCAGCAACUAUGUAAGUGCUGGUUUUGUUUUUCCUUGAGUCCUGAGGUUGAUAUUUACUUAUUUCAUAGUUGUCCUACCUUCCAUGCAUGAAUUUGCUGUGCAGCACAGUACAAUAUGCUGUUGCAUAAUUAUCCAUUUACAAUCCAGUGGCGUACGCAAUCUGAGCUCUAAAGUGGAUUUGAAUUGGAGCACAAAAUUUUCAACCAUAUGUAAUAACAGUAACUUUUGAAAUCAGCUGUGUAUAAUUCGACAGUUUUAUAGUUUUGGAGGCAACUGAAAGCUUUUCUUUUAAAUUAUUUAAUACUUAAAGUCGUAAAGCGUAAGUGUUAUAUAAGAAUUUUUUUAUUAAUAACUGGUGUGUGUGUGCUUAAUCACUUGAUAGAGUACACAAAAUCAUGAAACAUUUUGUUUACUAUUUUGUAGUUGGCUACUGCACAUACUAAUUAUGCAGGAGAGUAUGUGAUUAAAUAAGGCAUGAAAUUGUCUUGUGCAAAAUGCCACAAAUUGAGACAUAAAGAAAAUUACAUACCCUGUACUGUAUACACGCGUCCAUUAAUUGGCAUUGUGCUUGUUGCACUCAGAGUUGUGCUGAUUAUACUUGAACAUUAUUUAAACUGCAGUACUAGUACAUUUAGAAUAAAGAGUGAUGAAGUAAAAUCCAUGCAAUUUUCAAAGAUAUUUCCAGUAUUUACAUUUACGGAAAACGUCAUGUCAUGGAAAAGUCCUUGAAUUCCAUCUUUACUAGAGGGUGGAAACCCUGUUGUUUUAUCCAUGUGAUGCUUUAUACCAAAUCAUUUGGAUUUAAUUUUAAAGUUCCCUGACCUAAGUAUAUAAAUUAUAUAUAUAUUACCGGUAUAUUUGUUUUCCCUUCAGGGUUAUGUCAGUGCCAGCUACGAUAAUAUACUUCACGGCCUAUGACCAACUGAAAAUUAUGUACGGUUUCAAACCUGGCGAAAAGAAUAUUUAUUCACCAGUGUUGUCUGGAAUUACAGCAAGAGGUACAAUUUGAAUCCAAUUGUCUCUAUAUGCUGAAACGGUUUUAAUGUAUAUGCUGUAGAUACUGUAUACCUGUAGGGAAAAGCUGUUUCUUUAAAACAUUUUUCACGUUUUCUUGUUAUACUUUAGUUUAGGAACAGCUAUAGCCUUACAGAAUUCUGAACGUCGUAUAAAACACACAGAUUUCCAGCUUGGUUAAGGGAAAUUCGGCUAAUUGGUCCUGCAGAACACUUAGUUCUCCUUACAAGCACGACGAGAUUCUUUGAACAUAGUGAACACGUUCUCUAAACGGAAUUUAGUAUUACAGUAGUGUUAUAUCAAACUCGGCGAUAGGUGUUAUCAUAAAAUAUAUUAAUGACAAUUGGCAUGAAAACGAGACUUGUAGAGUACGUAGAGCCAUGAGCUUUUAUUCAUCUUCCAUAAACCGCACUGUAUAGGUGUAAACUCUCGGCUGUUUUUUUUUGAACAUGUGCCAAACGACAAAUUUUACAUGACAUUGUAUUCUUCACCUUUUCUCGAACAUUAAACAAGCGCACAGACAACAUGGCUGUUUUUAAAUAAUUGUAGUUGUUUUGUUUUGUGGAAACACCAUGCACGCACAGUAGUUGGCAACGCUUUCAAUCUGUAAGCCUAGAUCGUCAUCGGUCCAAAUAAUAAUAACUCAAAUAAUAACUCGUUGAUGAUCCGGGGAAAUAGAUGCAUGAAAGGUCUGCAAAUAAGUGAUUGUGCGUUUGCACGAGUGCUUGUAAAAAGUUUGCAUAUAUCAUGGACAUCUUCGUCCGCAUUCAACAAAACAUGCAGAAUCGUCGCAUUUUUAAUUGCGUUAAAGUCUGGUUCACACUGGUCGUAAUUCAUCGGCGAUCUAUUGUAUUCUUUUCCGACAGACAAAGCAUUUUACACACCAAUGACCGCAGACAAUGGAAAUCGCCGAUUCUUACGACGAGUGUGAACCAGGCUUAAACCUUCAAUACAUGAAAAUUUCUGAUGUUUUUUUAGUUAUUACCUCCAGUUGCGUAUCUCCAAUUGAGAUGAUCCGCGUAAAAUUACAGUCUAGGAAGGAACUUAAAUAUAAAGGUAUAUACAUUUUGAAGGGGUUUGUAGAUCGAAAUUCCAAGUGGAAUUUUUUAUAUAUUCAAUAGAACAAACCAGGAGCAGUUGCGAAAAAUGCAACUGUUUGUCGGCCCUUUGGCAGGAAUCUAACUUGCGGUCCGACGAUUCCGGUGCAGUGCUCUAACCAACUGAGCUACAGAGACACAGUUGUCGAACUCUAACAUGCACAAGUUCAUGUAUAAAAAAUUCCACUCGAAAUUUCCAUCUACAAAUUCCUUCAACAAUUAGUUAUAUCGAGUUAUAUGAACAAUUAUCUUCAGGUAUUGUAGGAUCUAAAGGCCCAUUUCCACUCAGGAAUAUUUUCCGCGGAAAGAAAAUUUUGUGAAAUAUGAUUGGUCGACACAAAUUUUCCGUGGGAAAAAAAUUUUGAAGUUGAAAAUUUUCAACUUUUAACAAUGAUAUUUUCGGAAAAUUUUUUGUCCGCGGAAAUUUUUCUUGAGUGGAAAUGGGCCUUAAGUAAGUACCUGAAAAAUAUAACAAGAACUUCAACGUUUCGAGCGUGGAGCCCUUCCUCACUAACUUUCAGACGAAGGGUCGAAACGUCGAGUUCUUGUUAUAUUUAUGAUUUAAUUACGAUUAUAUGAAUUCUACUAUAAUUGUAGUUAUUAUAGAUUCUUUAAUGACAAUGUGUACGUCAUUUCUUUACUGCAGAACUAGGCAGUGUUGUAAGAACGGCCAUUAGGCAAGGCGGAGUGACAUCGCUAUGGCAAGGACUGGGCCCUUCAUUGCUGAGAGAUGUACCUUUUUCAGGUAAGGAAAGUUUUAAAAUUUGCGUGAUUUUUGACGUUAAUUUUUUUGCUUUCUUGCAUUAAUGAUAAACUUUUUGAUGAAGACUAUUAUUUACUGCCUAGCCCAUUAAAGGGCGAGACCAUGGGUACGAGGUUGGUUUUCCUGCUGUUGGUUCUGCACUGUAACGACGAAGUAGUAGUAUAUUAUAUCUAGCUAGUGUAUCGUAUAUGAAUGCUUGUUUGGCCUAUAGUUGAACUUUAAAAGAAGUAUUGAGAAUAAUGACUCGUGCUUUUGAUGGCUUCAAUGAAAGGAAAUUUGGCAUGUUAUCAAGUCGUCCAAACUUCGAAAUUCAGUUGAUGUUAAAGAUUAUAAAAUAGGUGCUUAUCUCUAAAUGUUUUUAUCAAAUUCGGAGUUGAGCAUUUGAGUACACAGCGUUGGAAAGUGAGAUAUUUUUGUGAGUUAAAUUUUGCCUUGUAUAGACCAUUAUUUCGCUACAGGUAAACGUCAAUUUUAUUUUGGCCAUGUCAUGAUUUUUUGCCAUUAUGUUAAUAAUUUUGUAUGAUUUUAAAAGCAUUCAAUUGACAGAAGUAAUUCUGAGCCGUAAUGACUUCUUGGUCAUUUAAUCAAAAUACGACUCGCUUGGACGUAUCCUGAGGGCAAUAGUCAAAACAUUUCGUCCCAACUUGAACUUUUGUGAUGAGCUAUCCAAGACGACUUCUCGUACGAAUUCGUUAAGUAAACCCAAAUUCAAGUUGAGCGUUUCUUGAUUUUCCAUUGAAAAGAUCAAAUAUCAAGUGUACGUGUACAUACCGAAGCGUUUUAAAAAUCAUCCGCGUCAUGCCUCUUGUGAAAGCAAUCGUUUGUAAGCUUUCGCUAGCGUUUUGAGGGAAGACUACACAACUUCCAGCUAAUUUUUUCCGCCAAUAUUUAUUUUGCCAUAAAGCCGGUUUUCCUCUACGCGCGGAAUUUUGCGCGCGGAGCGGAAUUUUUCUUUGUCUUUUCUAAGUAGUUCCACCCAACUGUCCCGAGAAAUUGGUUCAGUUAUGAAUUUCUCCGCCACUGUUAAUGAACAUUGUUGACAUACCCAGUUUACGUUUUUAUGUAGCAUUGUAUUGGUUUGGUUAUGAAUAUCUGCGAUCACAAAAGAAGGAUCCUACGCUACAACAUAUGUUUCUGUCUGGAUGUACCUCGGGAGCGGUAAUUAUAUUUUAUUAUUUGCACCUCCAUUCAUAAAACUGUAUUUGUAUAUCCUCUACUCCAUGCAUUUCCUGU